UUAGGCCUUUCGUGUUUUUGUUUACCAGCUGUAGAAGUAAAAGUAAUAGACUAGAUAACGAUUAAUUGGCUUUUAAUUUUGAUUUAUUUGAUUGUGAUUGUGAUUUUUCUCAUAUUUUAUGAGCUUCUCAAAGCGCUUGAACAACACGCAAAUUUAUGGGCUUCAUAAUAAGAUAAAGAGCUAACUGCGAUAAAUUAUUUAUUUUGUAAGUCAAUCCCAUAGUCAAGUGUAAAUUUUAAUCUUUAUUAGUAAAAUUGUUGUCAUAUUUUCGUGUUUGAGAAAUGCUAAGACUCAGUCGCCGUGUGAUACUUCAACGCCAAGGUAUUGAAAGCAGUAUGAGUGCAUGCCUUCAUAAUGGACGAUCUAAUAGCUCAAAGAAAUCAAAGAGACGAGAUAAAACAUCAUCAGAAGAAAAGAUAACUAACAGAGAGAUUAAUCUGUUCGAUCGACCUGAUGCAAGAACACCCUUACCUGGAAGUGUAGGACUAGUCCCACCUAUUCGGGAUGAGCCCAGGAUGGUUGUUAAUAAAAAGACCAUCACAAUAAGAGAAAUCGCUGAAGAGGAGCAGAUCUUAAAAUAUCUCAAAGAAUCAGUUAAUUUACAAUCUACUGAUACUCCAGAUUUGCCUAAUAUCCCAGACUUGGAUAUCAUUGUUCACAAGUGUCCACAGCUGAUCGAAAAUGAUUUACAGAAAGUGUUCCCUUACAAUGUAUUUGGACGUGAAUUGACGCUUAUCACAUUUAAUCGACGAACAGAUGAUGUUUUGCAAUCUAACAAAAAGGAUAACCUAAACCUAGUCGAUGAUUUUGUAAAUCUUGCUGAUUUGAUUUGCCGUCGUUUAAAGAGAGCAGGCUAUUGGGCUGAUUUUAUCGAUCCUUCAGUUGAUUGGUCUCAGAUGAGGAGACCAAACAGUUCGAUGUUGAUCGAGGUUGCUGUACGUUAUCAUCAACUAGGUUUUACUCUAGAAACAAAUGGUAAAUGCCAAGUUAUUUCUCAUCACAAGUUAGGAACCAAGCUUUAUGUUGGAUCUUUGUUGACAAAUGCAUCUCAUGAUUCUCCUCAACUCCUAAGAAUUCUAGAAACAUACAGAAAAUAGGAUAUUCAAUGCAAUUUUUGGAUGUAUAUAUAUUAUCGUUUAUCAAGACCCAAGUGUGAAUCGUAUAGAGCUAUUAAAAUACCUCUUCCAUUCUCCCUGGGUUGGAAAUUUAUGAACUUAUCCAUAUUAUAUAUUAAUAUUUUCAGCUGGUUAAACUUAAUAAAUUUGUUAGGUCAAAACUGUAAUUAAAUUUUUUCCCCAUUUGUUUAAA